UCUACUGUGCACACUUCUGAUUCUGUUUCUCAAGAUUACCCUCUCCGUCCCGGAAAGGCUGGCGCGACCUGCAGGUGCCAGGCUGUAGCCCCGACGACCUGUGGUCUCUGCGGAGAGCUGCAUUUGGAGAGAAGGGCUGGUGUCCGAGCUGCCUUCUAUCCCGGUGGCCUCCAUGCUCCUGUCAUGUUUAACAGGACUAGCGGCUGGAAUAGUCUUCCUGCAUUUCUUGCAGAAACUCCUGUUUCCUUACUUCUGGGACGAUUUCUGGUUCCUGCUGAAGGUGGUACGCUAUGGAAUUCGGAUGGAGAAGUACGUCCUGAAAGGGGAGCUGUUCACAGUCCUGGAUAAAUUCCUGAGUCUUGCCAAGAAGCAGCCCCAGAAACCUUUCAUCAUCUAUGAGGGGGACAUCCACACCUAUCAGGAUGUAGAUAAAAGGAGUAGCAGAGUGGCCCACGUCUUCCUGAACCAUUCCACGCUGAAAAGGGGGGACACCGUGGCUCUUCUGAUGAGCAAUGAGCCUGACUUCGUCCACGUAUGGUUCGGCUUGGCCAAGCUGGGCUGCGUGGUGGCCUUCCUCAAUUCCAACAUUCGCUCCAACUGCCUGCUGCACUGUAUCCGCAGCUGUGAGCCCCGGGCCCUCGUGGUAGGCGCAGAUCUGCUUGAAACUGUAGAAGAAAUCCUUCCAAGCCUCCCAGAAGGUAUCACCGUUUGGGGAAUGAGCGAUUCUAUUCCACAGGGCGUAACUUCACUCAAAGAAAAACUAAGCACGGCAUCUGACAGGCCCGUGCCCCGCAGCUACCAUGUGGCUUCAAGUCUCAAGUCUCCUCAUCUUUAUAUUUUUACAUCCGGAACUACAGGUCUACCAAAAGCAGCUGUAAUCAGUCAGCUGCAGUCUUUAAAGGGUUCUGCUGGCUUGUGGGGUUUCGGUUCUACUGCUAAUGACAUCAUUUAUAUAACUCUUCCUCUGUAUCAUAGUUCAGGAUCUCUUCUGGGAAUUGGUGGAUGUGUUGAGUUGGGAGCUACUUGUGUGUUGAAGAAGAAAUUCUCAGCAAGUCAAUUUUGGAAUGACUGCAGAAAGUAUAAUGUGACUGUGUUUCUAUAUAUUGGAGAACUUUGUCGCUAUCUUUGCAAACAACCUAAGAGAGAAGGAGAAAAAGAUCAUCAAGUGCGUUUGGCAGUUGGAAAUGGUGUACGGAGUGAUGUAUGGAGGGAAUUUUUAGACAGAUUUGGAAAUAUUAAGAUGUGUGAGCUUUAUGGAGCUACUGAAGGAAACAUUAGUUUCAUGAAUUACACUGGAAAAAUAGGAUCCGUUGGGAGAACAAAUUUCUUUCACAAACUUCUUUUCAGUUAUGACUUGCUAAAGUAUGAUUUUCAGAAAGAUGAACCCAUUAGAAAUGAACAGGGCUGGUGUAUUCAUGCGAAGAAAGGAGAACCUGGGCUGCUCAUUUGUCGAGUGAAUAAGAAGAAUCCCUUCUUUGGUUAUGCCGGGAGUAAGAAACACACAGAGAAGAAACUGCUUUGUGAUGUUUUUAAGAAGGGAGAUGUUUACUUUAACACAGGAGACUUAAUGGUGCAAGAUCAGGACAAUUUCUUUUAUUUCUGGGACCGUAUUGGCGACACUUUCAGGUGGAAAGGAGAAAACGUUGCCACCACAGAGGUUGCUGACCUUAUUGGAAUGUUGGAUUUCAUACAGGAGACAAACGUCUAUGGGGUGACAGUGCCAGAUUAUGAAGGAAAAGCAGGAAUGGCUUCUAUUACUUUAAAACCAAAUAAGUCUCUGGACUUGGAGAAGGUUUAUGAACAAGUUGUAACAUUCUUACCAGCUUAUGCCUGCCCACGAUUUUUAAGAAUUCAGGAGAAGAUGGAAACAACAGGGACAUUCAAACUACAGAAGUUUCAAUUGAUGGAAGAAGGAUUUAGUCCAUUGAAAAUUUCUGACCCACUUUAUUUCAUGGAUAACUUGAAAAAAUCUUAUGUUCCACUGACCAAAGAACUUUAUGAUCAAAUAGUGUUAGGGAAGGUCAAACUUUAAGAAUUUUUACACAUGAGAUUUUCAUGUUUUCUUAGGAGAAGUGAGAGGAAAGUGUCUGAUUCU